AUGAAGUGCUUCGUGGUGCUAAGUGUGGUCCUGGCGUGCGCCUCUGCGCGCCCCGAGGCAGGCUUCUCGUCCUACUCGUCGGCACCGUCGUUCACCUCGGUUGGUGACUUCGGUGGCGGCAGCAGCAGCAGUUCGAGCAGUAGCGGCGGGUACAACUACGCCCCGGUGCCCCAGAUCGUCCAGAAGCACAUCUACGUGCACGUGCCACCGCCGGAGAAGGAGGAAGUGUACUACCCGCGGGUGCCGACGGUGGCGCCGGCCCAGAAGCACUACAAGAUCAUCUUCAUCAAGGCACCGUCGCCGCCGAAGCCACCGACCCCGAUCAUCCCGCCGCAGCCGCAGAACGAAGAGAAGACACUCGUCUAUGUGCUGCAUAAGAAGCCGGAAGAGCCGGAGGACAUCGUCAUCCCGACGCCGCCACCGACCAAGCCGAGCAAACCGGAGGUCUACUUCAUCAAGUACAAGACGCAGAAGGAGAAGUCGAACCCGAAGCCCGAGUACGGGCCACCGAAGCCCGAGUACGGACCACCGGCCGGACAGUACUAG